UGCGUUGGUUGCUCAAUGUAGCACUACUUAUUAGUUGAUACUGAAAUAGAAGGAUUAAUAAAUGUGUUCUCUUUGCUUGUUUUAGUAUGAAUUUCUGGAUUAAGCGAUGAAGCAUCGAGUUUGGUGUUCAUGAAGGUCAGAGUUAGGUAUUAGCAGAGUUUUGGUGAAGAACAAGGUAUUCAUGUUAUCCAUUCCUGAUACCAGAAUGUGGAAUCUAGCAUCGAGUUAUCUUACGGGAAACAUUGGACCGAAAAACGAAAUAAGAAGGCCAGUUCAUGCUCAUGCGGAGUGUUCAGAUGACGAUGCAUCUUCUGUAGGGAGUAAAGACGAAGGUCUUGAGUGUCCUAUUUGCUGGGAAUCAUUUAAUAUAGUUGAAAACGUUCCUUACGUGUUAUGGUGUGGACACACGAUGUGUAAAAACUGCAUUUUAGGACUUCAGUGGGCUAUUGUGAAAUUACCUACUCACCCGGUUCAGCUUCCUCUGUUCAUUUCAUGCCCGUGGUGUAACCUAUUGUCCUUCCGUCUUGUCUUCAGAGGAACCCUCAGAUUUCCUCACAAGAACUACUUUGUCCUUUGGAUGGUCGAGAGGAUGAAUGGCGAAAGACGCAACUCACCCGGUAUAGCACAAACCGAUGGGAACAAUGACCAUACAAGGGAAACUCCAUCUCCAUGUCUCCACAAUCGCCAUCAUUGCAGUCAACCUGAACCAUCACGUUCUGUUAAUGAUCAUCGCAUUCCCAGGGACAACAUACAAACUUCACUGAGGAAGUCUCUGGUUUUCUUUGUCCAACUGACAGCAAAGUUUCCAUUGGUUGUCAUAUUUCUGCUGAUAAUACUCUAUGCAAUACCGACCAGUGCAGCCAUAUUGGCGAUGUACAUUCUAGUCACUCUCUUGCUGGCUCUACCAUCGUUUCUCAUCCUCUACUUCGCCUAUCCUUGUCUCGACUGGCUUGUUCGAGAGAUUGUCACAUGAACUUUCUAAGGAAGCUUUCGGAAACUUCCCAUUCCUAAUUUGACGACUUUUCUUCAACAACUUAGACCCAAGAUCGGUCCGUCCUUCGUGUAAGUAUAACUAUUUUGUAAUCACUAUCUUUCAUAUUUUAUAUAUGGAUGUAGUUUUGGAUUGCAUUGUUUCUCUACGGAAGCUGGAGGCAUAUGUUGUAAGGGCUAUUACAGAAACUUAUUAGUAUUGUACUAUUUCAGGAUUGGUGUGUGAUUGUUUGAGGUUUUGUCUCAAUAAGAUUUGUGUAUAAAGUUUAUGCAAUGUU